GUUGGGUUGAAAAUAAACCAUAUUUUUAUAUAAAUAAAUAAAAGUUCUGCCUUGUUGCCGUUCUUUUAACGUUGACUGUCCGGCAAAGAUGACUGUAAGAGCACUACGCAGAAUACAAUAAUCUUUACUAGAACCUUAGUGUCUGCAAAAGACUUCGUACAGAGUCUGGACUACAUUGGCGUCCAACUCUGUAGACUAAACAAGAACAGUGUCCAUAGGUGACACCACUGAAAAGACAUGAAAAAGUACUGCAUGACUGAAUUUUGCAAAAGAGGCAAAAUGUUCUGGAGACAGAUGAAACCAAAGUUGAGUUGUUUGUGAAAAAAAAAACGUUAUGUGUGGAGCAAAACUCCCUAGUGUAAAACUGAAAAUGUUCAUUAGGACAUUUUUUAGGAGCAUAUAAAGCCAUCUGUCCAACAACUCAACAGAAGUUGGGUGAUACAAAUGGACAACAACUCUAAGGAUUAAAUAAACAACAGAAUGGCUUCGACAGAAGAACUCAAAAAUCAGACCUUAAACUCACUGAGAUGCUUCAGCAUGACCUCAAGAUUCACAGACUUUAAUAGUCCAGAAUUUUUUCAGAAAUCUGGAAUGUAGGAAAUGACAUAUUAAUGGAUAGUGUCAACCAGUCAUAAAAUCAAAGUUUUUACAAACCUUUUCCUAUCCGACAUGGUGAAUGUUUAUGUGUUUAACAAAAUGUACUGUAGUUGUUUCCUAAACCAAAAGCUAAGACAUUUAACUAAGAAAACCAAAUGUAGCUAGCAGUGUUAUUUCUUACAGGCCUUUUAUUUUUUCAUACAGUAAGUACUGUAUGUUUUUCUAAAGCUAAAAAUAGAGGUGUUAACAGUAGGAGGCAGUUGGCCCUCAUUGCUUACUCGAUGCUGUAAUUUUACUGUCCCAAGUGCUACUUGUGACGAGCGAUCGGCCCACAAUGCCACCUGCUACCAUCUCAAGCCAGACAGACACUUCAUCUUUCACUACACUGCCAUCUUUAUCCAUUUCAACACUUACGGUAACAUCCACCUUAACUGACCAACCAGUUUCCUCAGCAUCAGAUGUGACAUUUGAUGCGGUCACCGCGGCAACCGACAGUGUCACAGCCACUGGCUUUUAUACAGCAGUUGUAACUGAUGCAAGCAAUCCGCUUUCUGUUCUUCAUGAAAUUACGACGACCGAUGCGCUCACCUUGGCAACCUCAUUUGUAACCAUGGCAACAGCUUCUUCAACCAUAGCAACUUUGGAGACAUUUUCAGCAGUUGCUACUGUUACCAUACAAACGUCAACCUCCACUGCAACUUUUAAUGCAGCUCCAGUGGAAACAAUUACAGCAAUUGAUGCACUAACUCUAGUUACAAAUGCAGCCGCCUCUCUGACUGAUGCAGCAGUGAAGACAGAUGCGCUAACUGCUGAUGCAAAAGCUUCAGACAUUGAUGCGGUUGUACCGACAACGGAGAUUCCUGUAACUACAGUAACUAAUGGUAAUGCUCCUACCACUAAUGCACCUGCAACUGUUGCAGCAAUCGAUCUUUUUACCUCAGCAACUAAUAUGGCAGUCACGGGUGCUCCAGAGACUCCUGCAACUAAUGCAGCAACCACAGAAAAAAUAUUUAUCCAAACGAAUAAAGAAUCAGUUGAAAUAAAAGCAGUUCCUGAUGGUCCAGGUGUAGGAACUGUCACCAAUAACGUAGUCCUGCCUAAUUCCUAUCCCAUGCUUCUGACAAAUAACCCCGCACCGGCUAGUGAGGCAGCUGUCCCAACUCCUCAAGCUGUUGCUCCUCAACCUGAGAUUGAUGAUAGGACCAAGAAAACACAAACAGACUCAGAGGACAAAGUCAAAGCUGCAGAGACCCCAGCAUCUACAAACGUUAAGAGAAACAACGAAGCUGGGAAAGUGGGAAAAAAGGGGGAAGUCAAAGAGGAAAAGGAGAAAAAUAAGGAAAAAGAUUUUGAAAAGAGAGACUAUGAGAAGAAAGGUUUGUUAGCUGGUGUUUACACAUAAAAAAAAUGCUGGGUUAUUUUAAAAGGGUUAUGUCAAAAAGGGACAAAUUCAACCCAGUGGGUUGUAAAUUUAACCUCUGCUGGGUUGUUUUAACCCAUCGUUGGGUAAAAAAAUAAAAAAUGUUCACGCUUGUGGGUUUGUCCCUUUUUGACCCAACGCUGGUUUCAAAACAAGUCAGCAUUUUUUUGAGGUCUAGGAAUCACAGUAGAUGAUGUAGAUCCUCUGAUGCUCCACUCAUCAUACUGAUGUUAAACUUUUGAAAUGACUGCAGUCUAAAAUUGCAUUUCUGCCCGACUGCGUGGCAUCUUCCUGUAAUGUUGCUGUGGAUGAAAUGUGCUGUUUGUGAAGUAGAUCUACAGCUUGUAGAGUAUUGAUUGGUUGAGCUGCUAUUAAUUCCAUAGAUAGAAACUCAAAACCAUUAUUUUCUCCAUGUUUCGUUUUUUCCAACAUACAGUAGUUUCCUGUUUUGUUUACACUAUCAGCAUGUGCCGUGCUGUACCGUACAAUGAGCUUUCUAGCAUUUCUAGAUGGUUUCCUGUAGUGUAUGUCCCAUAACUAAUAUCCACCAAAGAUAUGUGCUUAACAGUCCAUGCUUUUAUUUCAAAGUCGUUGCAAAGCUUUUGAUCCCCGGAGGUCCAAAAACACAGCUGUCGAGGAUAGCGUACAUCAGAUUUCAAGGUAAAGCAAUGCUUUGAUUUAAGAUAGCACGAAGACUUAUUUUUGUGUUACACAGACUUUCAUUGAUAUUUUAUGUGAAUGAUGUAUUUAUCUGCAUUAGGGCUCCUGUAGGCUGUUUAUCCAAAGACAAUUCUGGGUUUUGAUUUGCACGUUCAAGAAUGCGGAUCGACACUAAUAAGAAAACUGUGGAAAAAUUGCUCCCCAAAUGUUAUUCAUUUCCUUUCUUCCGUCCUGUGCUCUCUUGUCUUUCCUCUUUUUCUGUACUUGCGUUUUGUGUUUUUCGGCGUGUUUCAUAAGGUAAGCCGCCCAUGAUGUAUCGUGUUUGCAAGAAAACUGAAGGAUCUCCCCCAGGCUGUAUAAUCAAAAGCGUCCUCUUCUAGAAAACAGCUACUUUGCAUUUUCAGCUGUCGAGUGUUAGACAGCUGUCUGCUGAAGACGCAAGAUCAUUUGUGAAACAUUGCUCCAUAACUCCACCAAUCUGAGGAGUAAUUGAGCAUUUAUAUUUAAUUAUCCAUCAACCCACCCAUCCCACUGCUCAGCUGACUGUGACACAGCAGGCCUCAACAUUGCCAGCAUCUUUAAAACAUCAUAUCAAUUAUUCAAAACCCCAAGUGUCCAUACAACAAAGAAUUGAAAAGAAUCAGCUUUUCAGACAUCAAAACUUUCAACUGCAGCUCUUUUUCAAUAUUUAUAAGCAGCAAUUGAUGCAUUUCUAGUUAAAAACAAUGUUAAUUGCACCCUUCAUGGUGUAUUUAUUGACUUAGAAAUGGGUCAAAAGACAAUACUGGAUUGAAAUCACAUGCCUGCCUCAGUUUGAAAUAUUAAAAUGUAAAUGUGACCCGGUCUGUGAAAGCCCAACUUAAGUCGUAUUUUUUAUGAUUUACUGUUUUAAUAUUAAAUUGCCAUUGAGUAAAAAUACAGUUGACGGUUGUCUUGGUAAAAACAAUACAAAUAUUUUAUUUAAUUUGUAUGUGCAAACUGCAGCAACAGAUCAACAACAGUACCACGAUUCAUACAUUACCAAAUUUUCAUGCAACAUUACAUUAUCAAAGAGCACACGUUCAGUCCAGAGGAUUAAUAUCUAAAGAGGGCAGAUUGUUUAUUUUCCAUCUACAGUGUCCAUUUCUAAAGCAGGACACAUUUCAAAGUUUUGUUUUUGCAUCUUUUCUCUCUGUUUGUGCAAAACGAUGUUGAAAUGUUUAUGGUCAGGGUUUAGGACAGAGGCGCGCAUACACUACCACGUCAUCCUGCGCAUACACUUAUUAUGCCGUACAAAUGAUUUCUCAUACAAAUGAUUACUUUACCAGACCGUCAGUGCAGAAAUAAUUUGCGUAAUUUACAGGCCAUUCACAAAUUAAGUAUAGAAAAUUGACGAAAUGUCUCUAGGCACGUGUCGACACCCACUGUGUGUUAAUUAAGCAAAGAUUUUUUUCUUUUAACAGAUUAUUAAAUAUAAAGCAUGAAUAUUAAUCGGUCAUCAUAAAUUCUUACCUUCAGUUAACCGGUCAAUAUGAACAUCCCUACAACCUACAUAAUGUCAAGUACAUUCUGUGAUAAUAUAACCUUGACAUCUUUAAUAUUGACUGAGUAAGUCAAAGAUUGAAAUCAAUGACUGAAAUCAAACUUUGAUCUCAAAAUUAGAUUAUGAGACUUUAGCCUGGAUUUCACAGACAGGGUCACAAAUGGCAAAUCAAAAUUGGGCCCUUAUUAGACAUUAUCACCCAUAUGUGAGUAUGUCCAUUUGGGAAAAGCACAUAAAAUUUAAGCAUUGUUUGUCCAUGCACUCUUAGAAAAAAAGGUUUAAGGUAAAAAAGUUGUCACUGGGGCGAUAUCUUUUCAAAAAGUACACUUUUGUACCUAAAAGGUACAUAUUGGUUUUUACACUUUUGUUUUUAAAAGGUACAAUCCCAGUGAACUUUUGUACCUUUUUUCUGAGAGUGUGUUACCAACAUCACAAAUCACUUGGUGUAUUUUUCCUUUUUUGAAGUUGAAAAAGUUGUGAAUUUGAAGAAUAUAUAAAAGAAUUCUUCAACAAUUAAAAACACAGUUUUCAGGUUGUACUGCUUUUCUGUCUCUGAUACUGAUGAAUGUUACCAACAAGCCUACACCAGAGUAUUGUGUUUUGACCCUAUGUGAAUGUCAAUAGCUGCUAUGGGAGAUCCGAUCAGUAACAUAUUUAAAGGAACACUCCAC